AAAUAUUUGCAAUAUUCUUGUUUUUGUUUGUAAAGCCAUUGUUAUUGAGAGUGACCUGUGAGAAAGUCUGUUGAGCAUCGUGAAAGCCUCAGAGUCAUCAACGAGCAUGUUUAUCGCGAACUUUUGCAAAUAUGCUCAAUAAGCUCGUAUGAGAAAGCAUAGUGGCGUGUUCAGAGCCGUCUUUGAUCCGCGUUGCAACCUCAUUCUUUGCAAAAAACCGCGCUGUUGCGACCUUAGUUGCCGAUCCCUAGCGAUGACACCUUCGCGCCAGUUUAAGAGUCAAUCGCACCAGACUUUCUUUGGCUACGACAUUUUAAUUUAAUUUACAUAAAAGCCAUUCAUAACAAUAAAAGGGGCAAUAAUAGUUCAAGAUACACGGCACGGUAGUUGAAGCGGUGUACCGGGAAAAUAACCUUGUUUCAGCCAAAAAGGUUGCUCAAUGUCGAUCCCUGAGCAAGUUUGAGCGAGCUUGAACGCUGCCACAAAGGGACUUGUUCACCGUCAAGGUGGCUUCCAUUCCGCCAUCAGGAUUAAAGGAGCUCUUACUGCAUUUCUGCUCACCUCGGCGCUUAGACGGUGGAUUCGUCGCGACACCAAACACAAUGGCAGAAACUCAUGAACCAGACGCCAACGCGGUCAUGAGCCGUAAUACGGGCUCAGCAAACACUAUUGUUGUCGAUUCAGGCGAAAAUGAAAAGACCCAUGAGUUCAAUGAGCAGACAAAUUAUGUGCCAAAGCGAGCCAUCGUUACAAUAUUCCUGGCAUGCGCAAGUGUAGAUCUGCUGGCGUUGAUGGACCAGACUAUGCUGGCAACCAGUUUAUACAUCAUCGGAAAUGCUUUGGGUUCAACAGCCCAGGUCUCGUGGAUCGCAAGUGGAUACUUCAUAACUUCAACAGUCGGGCAGCUCAUGUAUGGGAGAUUAUCUGAUAUAUGGUCUCGAAAAAUCAUCCUACUACUGGGGCUCGCAAUAUUCUUCGUCGGAUCGCUGGCCUCAUCUCUAGCGCAGUCUAUCUUGCAGCUUACAAUCUUCCGAGCCUUUACAGGUAUCGGAGGUGGCGGGCUUAUGACUGUGGCGCAGCUCAUAGUGAGCGAUGUCGUUCCUCUUCGGGAGAGGGGGAAAUAUCAAGGGAUAUUGGGUGCCGUCGUUGCUCUCGCAAAUGGCAUAGGUCCUGUCAUUGGAGGUGCACUCUCGUCGAGUUCUGCGGACUCAUGGCGAUGGAUCUUCAGAAUGCAACUGCCACUGACGCUUUUGACAACACUUUGCGUACUGUUCUUCAUGCCAUUGAAGAAAGUAGAAGGAGAUUGGAGACUCAAGCUCAAAGCCGUUGACUUUCUGGGCAUAUUCCUUGCCUUGGCUGGAAUGACUGUCGUAAUUCUGGGGUUGACCUGGGGAGGAAAAGAGUACUCCUGGAAUUCCGCUCAGGUUAUCGUAACGUUAGUAGUGGGCACGGCUGCAUCCGUUGCUUUCAUGCUAUGGCAGUGGAAAGGACCUCGAUAUCCAUUGAUACCACUGCACAUCUUCAAGUCAAAGAUCGUCAACGGCGCAUGCCUAACCAUGGCUAUCAACGGUUGGAACUUCGUCAUGCAAGUUUAUUACAUCCCCUCCUUCUACCAACUCGUCUACAACUACUCCGCCACAAAAUCAGGAGUGAUGCUUCUCCCCAUCACACUCCUCCAAACAGCCAGUAGCACGUUCUCCGGACUCAUCGUACACUGGGUCGGUCGGUACCGUGAGUGCAUUCUAUUUGGCUGGUUAUGUUGGGCCAUAGGCCUUGGCUUAAUGUCAACUCUCGAUGAAAACACCAGCAUUGGAAAACAAAUUGGUUACUCAGUACUUAUUGGAGUGGGUGUUGGUAAUACACUGCAGCCUGCGCUCAUUGCUACACAAGCUGGUGUUGAGAGGCGUGAUAUGGCUGUUGUCACAUCAUUCCGCAACUUCGUGAGAAACCUUGGGGCCACAUUGGGCCUUGCAGUUUGCGGGACAGUCCUGAACAACGUCUUAGCUGGUUCUCUAUCCUCCUUAAAUCUAGACCAACAUGACUCAAAGACAUUGAUUGGCAACCCUCAGUCAUUUCUAGACACAGUCUCGCCAAGCGAAGCGGAAAAGAUCCGCUCAGUUCUUCUCCCAGCAUACAGACAGGGAUUUCGCAUAAUAUUUCUUAUAGGUGCAGGCGUCGCAAGCCUUGCAUUUGUGCUGGCAUUUUUCCUAAUGCCGCAGGUUGAUCUCACUCGACCGGACGACUCCCGGCUUAAGGAGGAAGGCCGUAAGGCGUAUGAAAAGAGGGAGAAACACGCGGUGUAGUGGUUGCGAUGAUUGUGACUACAUGAUGAUAUUCUGAGGAAGCGUGCUAUCGUCCGGGCUCUAUAGGCAAAGAGAUUAUGAUAAGUAUUUAAAUGGAGAUUUAGACCUUAUCAACCAAAAGCGUUUUAAUUCUUCAUACCAAUGUUACUACAGCUACUAUCUAAUAUAUAAUCAUUGAAGAAUUACUGCCUUUCUACCCAGCUUUGAAUCAGACCUUUUCUAGU